AUGGCUUCGGGACACAACGACCCAAAGCUCCUUUACGCUGUGGAGGGCAUCAACGCCUACCACAUCUCUAAUGGCAAGGAGCGAUCUCUCACCCGUUCGGGGCCGCAGACCCUGUCGCUGCUCAUGGUCCCGACCUCGUCGGGCUUUGCUGAGCCCUCAGGGGUUGGCUCCGACGGCGAAGAAGACUUCUAUCUUCACCUACAUCUCCCUCCCGAGCUCGAUCUCCCCUUGCCUGCCACGACUCAGAUCUACCACCAGCCACCCAAGAGCUACCUGAUCCCCCGCUGGGAUCUCGGCCCCGAUAGCGGCGCCUUCACUCGAAUCGAAUUCCCGUCCCUCGACAGCAGAGCGGGUGUCCAGGAGGACGUCGAUACCUUCGAGACUAUCCUCGCCCAGUGUACCGCUUUCCUCGAGAGAGCUCCUGCGCCCCAACCGAGAGACUCCAAGGCGGCCCUGGCCAAGGAGCGCGAGGCUGCUGGCGAAGAGCUCCCUGCCUACAAUCCGGCCGAUUACAACCCAGGGGAGGCCUACGUCCAGGGCAGCCAUAGUUCUCAUGCUGGUGGUCGAAUUGUGCUUGUCGAUGAGGAAGAUGGUAGUGUCAUCGGAGAACUCACCGAUACCUACCAGGUGGUUGAAGACAGCAAGGUCCGCCCAGGCUCCAAGGAACCCGUCGAGAUUUCAUUCCCUGCGGAUGGCGGCCAGAACAUUUCUGUGCAACCUGUUUCGCAGGCAUACAUGGAGAUGGACAUACAUCCCGCCUACAAAAAGUCGACGAUAGUCAACAGCGCCACCAAGGCAUCCCGGCUCAUCGUUACGACAUCGGAUGUCGUCUCCAGGACGCUGCAGAGCCAGGCUGACAGCUUCACCAAGAACACCAAGCCAAAUGCCAAGCCUGUCACGUUUGCUCCAUCUACCCAUGACCGGAUUCGUCGCAUCAACAACAUCUCGGACAGAGCUGCAACCUUUUCAGCGUCGACAGUUGGGACAAUCGGAAAUCUAGCUCAGAACCUUGGCGCAAGUGUCACUCGCCGUAAGGAUGGACGGGCCAGAGGCUUCGACAAGGACGGGAACGCAAUCGACACGUACAAGCCCGGUAUGCUCAACAAGAGCUUGAUGGCCUUCAACACGGUUGUUGACGGUAUCGAACAAGCCGGCCGCAACCUGCUUACAGGAACGUCAUCUAGCGUUACCACGGUGGUUGGACAUCGCUGGGGCGCUGAGGCCGGCGAAGUAUCGCGACAUCUGGGAGGCGGCUUCAAGAACGUGGGACUCGUCUACAUCGACGUGACGGGAGUCUCACGUCGCGCUAUUCUCAAGAGCGUUGCCAAGGGUAUGGUUGUUGGCAAGGUCAAGGGAGGUGGUGAGAUCAUCGUGGGGGGUACGGAGAGCAACGCCGAGCUCAUUGCAGCCCGAGAUGGAAAUGGAAAGGGUGCGCAUAGUACUUAUGGGGACAACGUGAGCAUUGCCAGCGGCUACGAUCCCAACGGCAAGAGGCCAGCCAAGGGUCCUUUCUGA